CCAAAUUACAACGUUUCAUCAUGGCUGCUCAAAACCAUCUCCAAAUUACCAUUCCUAAAGAAAAUCAAAUUCCUGAAGAGGAUUUUGACUACUCUCAAAGAGCACAGUGGCUUCGAGCCGCUGUGUUGGGAGCAAAUGAUGGAUUAGUCUCAAUUGCAUCCUUGAUGAUGGGAGUCGGAGCUGUUCAAGAAAACGUUAAAACCAUGAUGCUUACUGGAUUUGCAGGGUUGUUUGCCGGUGCUUGUAGCAUGGCUAUAGGAGAGUUUGUUUCUGUGUACUCUCAAUUAGACAUAGAGCGCGCUCAAAUUAAGAGAGACAAAGCAACAAGAGGACAGAACCGAGAACAUGAAGAAGGUAACAAGGAACAGCUGCCAAAUCCAUUUCAGGCGGCAGUAGCCUCAAGUAUUGCAUUCUCAUUAGGUGCCAUUGUGCCAAUCCUAGCUGCUGCACUGAUAGAAAAUCAUGAGGUGAGGCUUGCUGUGAUCGUGGCAGCGGUGAGCUUGGCAUUGUUAGCAUUUGGAGGAAUUGGUGCUUUCUUGGGCAGAAGUCCUAUGGUGAAAUCUUGUGCCAGAGUUUUAAUUGGUGGAUGGAUGGCUAUGGCCAUUACCUUCGGCCUUACCAAGUUGAUUGGCUCUACUGGCUUGGAAAUAUGAUUGAAACUUUAUGUUCCUGGCCGCCUGUACCUUGUUCUACUUUAAUCUCAUCUAAUCAAGAAAUUUGUACUGCAAGUUGACUUAACGUUUUGUGUAAUAAUACCGCAAAGCAUUCUCUGAAUUUAGAGAUGUUCCAAGUUUAAAGGGAUUCAGAAGGAAAUUGUAGAAUCUCGAGCACGGA